CUGAGUAAGUUCCGCUUGCAUGCAACAGGCAGACGAUUUCAAAACAUUCGAUGAAAGCAUUGCGUGAAUUAUCCAAAAGACUCUAUAUCACAAAAUUUCCAUGUAAUUAAUCUUGCUGUCAUUGUCGCUAGCCCUUAGGGAGUGCAGAGGUCUUCUGGUGUCACGGAAAAUCGUUGUUGAUCAAAUCAAAUGACUUCGACAAAUUAUCAAGGACAAAGCGACCCAUGCCUCAUUCAGGAAUCGGAGUCACAGAUAGUGAGAAAACUUUCUGAAAAGUCACUCCUUCCGAUAAAUGUUGGUAACAGUCUUCAACAACAAACAUCCAAUACAAGCACACAGGUCAACAGUCUACACAGUUGUGCUAGCGAACCCGUGUGUAGGAUAUGUCACAGCAUGUCGAACACAGAACAACUCAUGUCCCUGUGCCACUGUUCAGGGUCCAUCGGUCAGAUGCACGUGUCCUGUCUUCAGAGGUGGCUGGGGUCCUCUAACAAGACCCAGUGCGAGCUAUGUCACUUCAACUUUGUCAUGGAAAGAAAGCCAAAACCGUUUUAUGUGUACCUGGCUAACUCGGGAACGAGGGAGGACAGAUGUCGCCUUAUUUUCGACAUAGUAUGCAUCUGUCUGCUGCUGCCCAUCACGCUAUCGGUAGUAUCUAUGUGUAUCUACGGUGCUUCCCUUUUCCGCCCAUUCCGAGCUGAAUUCAUUGGCAUUGUAAUUCUAGCCACCCUCCUGUCUGCUUUGUUUUCCGUUUGGUUUGUGAUAUGUGUACGAUUAAACAUAAAGAAAUGGCGAGAAUGGAAAGAAUUCAACCAGGAAGUAAAACUAAAGUGUAGCCCACCUACCGAAGGCUCUGGUUGCAAAGAAAGGUCUUCAGAAAUGAGUUUUCAGUCCAAAGAUACAACGGGUAUAACGAGCCAGGGGUCGCAUAUGGGAAUGAAGAUCAGCAGCAUAGAAAUCAAAGUUAAAACGGGGGGCCAAGAGGAGAAUAAUACUAUUGACAAGCAUUUCAUGGACUCUAUCGUUUCAGUACAAAAGAUAACGUUGGAAAAACCAGCCUUGCAGUGUGUAACACGUCCCUACAGUAACUCUCAGUACUGUCACACAGGCACUCCCUUGCAGUGUGUAACACGUCCCUUCAGUAACUCUCAGUACUGUCACACAGGCACUCCAGAUGUUCCUCCGAUAAGACACACUGCAGCAGGGUCGGACGAGAUCCCUAGAGUGUCGGCAAGGAACUGCGUACCUUCGUCUUCAUCACAUGGAGAACACAGACAGAAAGUAAUUCCUCAUUCUCCGAGUGCGCAUGCUCCAUCCAACAGGGAGUAUUCUCGAACACUCUCUACAGACGGGGCACGUUUCCCAGAAUAUCGCCACAUUUUCUCCUCUCAAGAAAACAGUACUCGAAUUCCAUGCUCAUCAAAUGGUAUGGCCAAGACACAAGCCAAAUCGCCAUUCCCAGGGACUAGUAAGGGGAACGCUCUAAGGACUAACAACAGUAACCCAAGCAAUAUGUACCCGAAGAAAAGUUACAUUUAAUUUUAGUUGUGAUUCGGUAUUAAAUUAUCAAUUUCUGCGUAACAAUACAUUGAUUGAGAUUCGUUAGCCAAUGUGAUAAAUUCUCAUUAACAGUCU